GUGGGGAUGGCGGAGACGGGGCGGGGGGCGGGAGCGGGGGGGGCGAGCCCCUCGGCGGCCGGGCCGGAAAGAAAUACAGAUAUAAAAGCAGGACGUGGCUAAAUGAGAGAAGAUAAGGUAUUGCUCCUGCAAGCAGAACAUCCUGUCUUCAAGAUGGGUGCCUCCUCUCUGUAAUGCCUGUCACCAGACUUGUCAGUACACUGAGAGCAAACCAUUCAGAUGACUGUAAUUAUACCGUACUACCGGGGGGUCCAGCCUGCGCUCUUGAGCCACAGCAGCUUUUGAGCAGUUUGCUUGAUGGGUAGCAGAGAUGUGCUUGGCACGGGGGUUUCUGGAUAAUCUGAUUUCCUAAUGCUGGAAGAAGCGUGUCAGCAGCUGCUGCUGAAGUUGACAUCGCUGGCUCCCCCCAGAAGCCGUCUGCGCACCCCAUUCGGCUACAUUGCCCAGCAGGACCUUGUGACAGCCACUGUCAUCUCCUGUACAUCUCCUAUACCCUCCACUACACAAAAGGGUAAGACGACAUACAUUUUCCUUGCAGUGAAGCUUGUUCAGGAAAUCUCUGCUCUUAACACGUUCUCACUACGCUGUUCCACCCAGGGGCAGUUUCAUAAUACUGCUAAGGCAGUCUGAUGGGAUGGUCCUGUUACCCCUGCCUUGGCCACACGCUGAGGCCAUUUCUCUUGUGCUUUCUCUGCGUCACACAUGUGAUCAUUCCCUUUUGUCAUGAGCCAGUUUAGGGAACGAACCUGGCAGGAAAUAACUCAUUUUUCUAAAGUCAACCUUUUCUGCCCCCUUAGUCCCCGAACCAGGUCACCACAGGAUGACGCAAGACUGAGUGCAAGCAGAAGUGAGGAAGGAUUAAUGGGGUGGAAAGUUGCACCUUCUGGCAUUCAUCAAGCUGCACCGAUAUAGUCGAUGAACUCCUCAGUGCGCAGGAAGACACGAGUUCCCACACUAUUAGUAGCAGUGAUACGGAUUCCUAGAAAGACCGACUACCUUCACGUACCUAAAAAUAACCCAAGAUCCGACCAGGAGGUACGGCCCUUGUGAAGUACAGAGAAGGUUUACUGGAGUGAAAACACAUGAUUUUGAAAACCGUCCAGCAUAACACAGAAGUGAGAACAGCAGCGACACGUCACUUCAAACCUCCCGAGAACCAAAGGGCUGCAGAAGGAAUUCCACCCUUUCCCACGGAAUUUUGGACAAAUACACGAGCGCUGUACUUCGACUGAAUGCAUCGGUGCGUGGCGUGUAGGGCCACGCGGAGCCACCGUUUCGCUACGAAACAGUGGCCUCAGGUUACAUAUGAAAUUUCCUCUGCUAGGAAAGUGUAGCGGUGGGACGCUGUAGCAAAAUACUUCAGUUCUCUGCUCUAUCCACAGUUGAAUAGGAAACCCCAAUUGAAAAGCUUCCUUCAAGCCAUAAAAAUAAAGCAAAGUUGUUUCCAGGGAAUGGAGAAAAAGUCAUUUCCAAAGUCCCUAUCCAGCUACAAAUAUGCUAUAUAAGACCAAAUACUUUUUUUUUACCUCGGAAUAUCUCUGACUGAUCUAGUAGAGCAAAGUUUGUUGAUAUUCAGGGUUGCAAACCCAUCUGUUUACUCAGGCUUUUGUCUGUCAGCAUAGUUGAAGAGGUCGCUUUGAGAGAUCAAUUUUUUUUCCUGGGGGUUUCUUCAGAGCUACCACAAUUUGUUAUUGCGUCUGUUUAGAGGCUUUAAUUUGUGGUUUUCAGGAUUGCAUAACUGCACAGAGAGGUGGUGAGAGGCCCACAUGAAGAGUUCAAAAUAAGUUUGACAAUAUAGUAAAUAUCUACUCAGUAAUUUUCCCUGGACUGAGCACCACAGAAUGCCAAAAAAAGUUAUUAAUCGGGCUAGUGUGUGAACGUGGCUUUAUGAGGACUGGAGCACACAUUUCCAUUCAGAUGCUAAAACGCUGUAUUCCCUUCACUUGCUGUUGACACCAACCAGAGACGAUGCACCGGGGGGCUGCAAACCAGGCGCCUGAUUAGAUUGCUCUAAAACAGCCUAUUCGGAACCAGAUAAAGAAAAAAUAAAAUGAGAUUUUAAUUUUGCCUUUUAUUCAGAGUUCUCGUAAUAAGUUACAUAAAAAUGAAGUAAGCCGCUGAGACUCCCAUGAGGAGGCUCAGCAUUAAUUUUUCCAUUUUGCAGAUGUUAGAUGGGAGGCACGGAGACAUGCACAGUCACAUUCGGAGAACUGCGGGCUGCACCCAGGGGGAGUUGCAGGUCUUUGGAGUCUCUGGGAAUCUGCAGACGGAGACCUGGCGUUGGCCACAGGCAGAAAUGGGGGUCAGGACACAUACGCACAUUGAAUGUUUGAGUCGUGUGUCCCCAAAGUCAGCGGCGGCAAGCACCUGGGUGAGUGGCAGCUGUGGCAGCAGCUCAGGGAUGCGUGAGUCACGUUUGCAUAGCAGAGGGCAGUGUUCAGCAUUUUGGACAACUCAUAUCCCUUUCCAAAGAAGCUGGUGAGAAGAUGAUGUGCACGCUGCAAGCUGGGAACCCUGCAUCGACAGAGCAGCAAGGCUGUGAGCAGAGCUGGCGUAAUUUUUCUAGGGCUGUGUCUACACACCAAACUAAAUUUAAGCUCCCUACCUCUGGGACAGGUCUCCAUCUAGUCCAAUAAGAAGGAAUUUACAUGCCAUAAACUCCUCCUGACUGGAUGAAGGUUGAAGGUGGCCAGUGUGCGCUCAGCUCUGCGUACUGCAAGCACUUUGCGACUCGCACACAGCCCACCCAACCUAAAACCAGCCCUCGCAGGUCCGCUCCGUGGACAGUACAUAGGUCUACCUGACCUUGUCCAUGAGGUGACACUUCAGCCAUCUGUUUAAGGACUUUGCUAGACCUACUCAGCAUCAGAAGCUUGUGUUUAUACUUCCCUUGACAACAGAAAAAAUGCUGCUGCCCCGCGGGUCUCUGAGCGAGCGCCCGCCCUCACUGACCUGGCCGCGGCAGGACCCCCAGCGAACAGGGGGACAUCGCAAAGGCGGCGCUCCCCGGCCACCUCCACCAUCACCCCCCGGGAACCCCGCGGCACCGACCCAGCUCUGCGGGGAGCGGGGGAGCGCGGUGGCGGCUGAGCUGGGGGAACCCCGGGGGAUGCACGCCCCGGGGCGGGACGGGACGGGGCGGGACGGUCUUCCCCGGGGAUGCGGAGGCCGGCCCAGCCAGGCCGGCGUCGAGCGCGCUCCGCAGAGCGGCCGGGCCCCGCCUUCGCACCCGGUACAAACGCGCAGCCCCGGGGCCAGCCCGUCCCCCCCCGCCCCGCAGCCUCCUGCGGCCCCGCCGCGACCCUCAUUCCCGAGGGCCCUUGGGGGCGGCCGGUGCCACCCCCUCCGGGGGGACACCCACCGCCGGGGGGACGCCCCCUCCGACGCGGGCCGGCGCAAGGACGGGGGGGGUGGGGGGCGGACACCUCCGGGCCGGGGGGCGGCAGGGCCCCGCGGCUCCUCGCCGCCGCCGCUUCUCGGGCAACAGCUACCCCUAGCGGCCGGAGCGCCGCCCCGCGCCCCUCCUCCGCCGCCGGGCAGCGCCCGCCGCCCCGCGCCCACCUGGCACCCCCCGCACCGGGUCCCGCCGGGGCUCGGGCCCGGGUCUCCCGCCGUGAGGCGAGGCGUUGCCCGCGGGCCGGGGUCAGCGGCCGCAUGCCGUCCCGCCGCCGCGGCGGGAGGAUGCAGGCGCAGCCGGUCCGCGGGUUCGAGCCCCCGGUGCCCCCCGCGGUGCCGGGGGCGUGUGGCGGGGCGGAGGCCGUGCCCGGGGGGCGAGCGGGCUGGCGGGGCGGGGAGGGGAGGGAGGCGCCAGGAGGGACGCGGCGCGGGCGGCCCGUCCCUGUCACCUGCGGCACCCGCCGGGACGGCCCCCGGCCCCCGCUCCCGCCGCCGCUCCGGCGCGGCGCCGGCUCCGCGCUCGCACAGCCCGUACGGGAACCGGGCCGGGCCGGGGGUCGGGCUGCGCCUGUUGCAUCGCCCUUGGCGGGGCUGUUUGCGAGCGCCUGCCGCUAUCUGCGGCCGGGGACCCCGGCGGUGCCCUAUCUCGGACUCUCUGCUAGUGCCUGAUAGCGGCUGCUCCCUGCUUCGUUGCACGUCCCUCGCAGCUCCCGCCGGGGCUCUCUCCCCUUUUGUCUGUGUAUUUUUAGGUCAUUAGAGUGGAGGGGUAGGUAAUCCCCAGGCUCAAGUUCCAGAGGGGCGGGUUCUGUCCGGAGGUGGAGUCACUUUUCAUUUAAAUCCCUGACUAUAAAAUGGGCUUAAAGAGAAGCGGGAUCUCAGCUGUGCAGCACAGACCCCGGCAAGCAGGGUGCGUGGGGGCCCCCAGGCAGCCAGCGCCCUGCAGCACAAGCCGCUGCGAUGCUCCACUCCCUUGGCGUUCACACCUUGCAGCUGCUCACCCAGGCGGCCGCCUGCAUCCUCCUCUUCCCCCGCUUCCUGCUCACCGCCGUGAUGCUCUGGCUCCUGGAUUUUCUGUGCAUUCGGAAGAAGAUGCUGAUGAUGCCCACGGCGGAGGAGGCGGCCAGCGCCAGCGAGGGGCCGCCCCCCGACGAUCCCCCGGUCUGCGUGUCCGACUCCAACCGCAUGUUCACGCUGGAAUCGCUGAAAGCCGUGUGGCACGGGCAGAAGCUGGACUUCUUCAAGUCGGCGCACGUGGGCUCCUUGGCCCCCAACCCCGAGGUGAUCCAGCUGGACGGGCAGAAGAGGCUCCGCAUCCUGGACUUCGCCCGCGGCAAGAGACCUCUCAUCCUCAACUUCGGCAGCUGCACCUGACCCCCGUUCAUGGCCCGCCUGAGGUCCUUCCAGCGCCUGGCCGCGCACUUCGUGGACAUUGCUGACUUCCUGCUGGUCUACAUCGAAGAAGCACACCCCUCCGACGGCUGGGUCAGCUCGGACGCAGCCUACAACAUCCCCAAGCACCAGUGCCUCCAGGACAGGCUGCGGGCAGCUCAGCUGAUGAGGGAAGGGGCGCCCGAUUGCCCCCUGGCCGUGGACACCAUGGACAAUGCUUCCAGCGCCGCCUACGGUGCCUACUUCGAGAGGCUCUACAUCAUCCAGGAGGAGAAGGUGAUGUACCAGGGAGGCAGAGGACCAGAGGGCUACAAGAUCUCGGAGCUGAGGACCUGGCUAGACCAGUACAAAACCCGGCUCCAGAGCCCCAGCACGGUGGUCAUCCAAGUGUAAAAAGGACCUGGCAAGA